AUCGCAGCUUAAACCUGAUAACCUGUUGAGCCUUGGAGCGCACCACGCUGCGACAGUUGUAGAGCUAAUUAUUACAAUGACGGGAGAGACAGUGCAGGAGAUACCUGAAUCUGGAGCAGUGUUCACUUUUGGAAAAAGCAAGUUUGCAGAUAAUGUACCCAGCAGAUUCUGGCUGAGAAAUGACAGACCUGUGGGAAUCUGUUGCGGGGAUGAACACACGGCUUUAAUCACAGGUAAUGGAAAACUGUAUAUGUUUGGCAGUAAUAACUGGGGGCAGCUAGGCUUGGGAACAAAGACCGCGGUGAACAAGCCCACGUGUGUGAAAGCCUUAAAGCCAGAAAGAGUGACUCUAGCUGCCUGUGGACGGAAUCACACAAUAGUGUGCACAUCUGGAGGGAACGUGUACGCAGCUGGUGGAAACAGCGAGGGUCAGCUGGGCCUUGGAGACUAUGAACAGAGGACGUCCUUCCAGCUGGUGGGCUUCUUCAGCCACCGCGGCCCAAUCAGAAUGCUGGCUGCAGGCUGCAACAUCUCCGCUGCUCUCACUGAGGACGGGAGGUUGUUUAUGUGGGGGGACAACUCAGAGGGGCAGAUCGGACUGGGGGAUGAGCAUAACACACUGCACCCUCAGGAGGUGACCGUGGGCAGGCCCAUCGCUUCAGUCUCCUGUGGUUACUACCACUCUGCUUUUGUCACAGUGGACGGGGCCCUGUUCACCUUUGGGGAGUGUGAUGGGGGGAAGCUGGGCCUCGCCCCCGAGCAGCUGGCCGACCACAGGGUCCCUCAGCCGGUGCGGACCGGACCGGACCGGGUCAUCCAGGUGGCCUGUGGCGGGGGCCACACCGUGGCACUCACAGAGGAUGAGCUCUAUGCGUUUGGGCUGGGUCAGUUUGGACAGCUGGGCCACGGGACCUUUAUCUUCCAGUCCCCCAUCCCCAAAGUGGUGGAGCACUUCCGGAGGGGGAGAGUCACCCACGCGGCGUGCGGAGAGAACCACACAGCCGUGAUCACAGACACGGGCCUUCUGUACACGUUUGGAGAUGGCCGACAUGGGAAACUGGGCCAGGGGGAGGAGAAUUUCACCAACCUGUUCAAGCCCACACUGAGUCCACGCUUCCUCAAGUACCGUGUGCAGUCUGUGGCUUGUGGAGGCUGCCACAUGCUGGUGCUGGCCAUACCCAGGUCUGAAGGGGAGGACUUGUCACUGGAGGAUGAUGAUGUCACAGAAAACUUCCUGGAGAGGUCCUACCUGGAGCUCCUGGGAAGCAACUCCGUCUCAGCCCCCCUGCAAAGGAGCCUGUCUGCCCGGCUGAGACGCAGAGAGAGGGAGCGCUCUCCCGAGCAGUUUGGGCUGGUGUUCCGCACCUUGCCCGCUUUGACGUGCGGUUACCUCAGCGCCUCCUUGCCGGUUCCCAACCAGACUCUCCCUGCCAGACGGCCGCCCAGGAACACACACAAACACGCCUCUCCGAGGACAGGAAGAACGCAACGUGAAAGAUUCAAGGAUGGGAAAUCCUCCAACGUGAAAGAUGACAAGAACAUGAAUAAUCUGGGGGAUACUUCUGACCUGCUAAACUUGACCCAUGUGAUGAGGGUGAACCAGUGUGAGAAGACUCUGAACUUAUCCCCUAUUGAUAAGGAGAAGAAAGCUGAGGUUGUGAGGAGCUGUGGUAAGAAUGUGGAGAGUGGGAUGAAGCUGCCUGCAGAAGAACAGGCGUCUCCAGGGAGAAAGAUGGGCCUCAGGCCGCAACAGGCACUGCCUGCUCAAUUGCUGCAGGCUCCAGGGUCUCCACUCAAACAAAGCCCCAGGCGAGGAACUCUCCGGAGGAUUGACAGUGGCAAGGAGAACAAACUCACAGUAGGCAAGGGGAAGAAGCCUGCAGGCCCCAAAAGCAGCGGUGGCAAACCAAAAGCAGUAGCCCAGGUCCCGGUUCUGGGUGGGGUCCCUGAGCCUGGGCCUAAACCAGUGAAAUGUGAGCCUGUGGGAGCAAAAAGGCAGCUCUUACAGGUGGAGAGGAAAAGCAAAGAGGUUGAAAGGGAAAAAAAGGAGAUGAGGACACAAGUAGCAGAAAAGUCUCCUAGUGACAUAAAGAGUACGUCUGUAAAACCCAAAAUUACAGAAACAGGAAACCAACAUAAAGCCACAGAGAUCAAAAGUACACCUUUGUUAGUCAAACGUAAGGUAGAGCAGAAAUCCACACCUGUAAGAGUUCAGAGUCCCAUAUUAGUGCAAAGUGAACAUGCUGAGGUUAAAGAUGCACCAGAAAAACAAAUGGCAACAUGGGAUUCUCCUGUGCAAAGGUCCAAAUCAGCCACAAGCCUUAAACAGAAAGUAAAGCAUCCUGGUGGAGAUUCUCAGAAGGGAAUGAAAACGGAUGGUACUGAGAAGGUCACUGACUCUGCAGGGGAAACAGGAAGCAGGAAGUCCACCAUCAUGGAAGUGGCUGCGUUCCAGCCAGACAUUGCCGUAGCAGGUGCUUUGCCCCUGCUGCAGGGUGUGUUAAUAGGGACGGCAGUAUCGGGCUUGGGUGGCGGGGCAGCGCCCUCCACCCCCCAAAGGCAACGCCGCUCCUGGAGCCAGUCCUCAGGGUCCAGUGGCCCGGAGUCUGGAGAGCGGUCAGCCAUCGCCACGUUGAACGAUGGCGAUGUGGGUGGUCAUCUGAGAGGUGAAAUGAAAAGGUCGGGAGGCUGGUCCGAAUCCGGUGAUGAUGGACAGCUGUCAGAUGAAGAAGAAAAAGAGGAGAGCAGGAGGGAAGAGGGGGAGGGGCAAGAGAGUAGCGGUGGGGAAAGUGAGAAUGAAAGCACAAGCAAAGAUGAGAGCUCUGGGGGUCAGGACAACCACAGCGAGGAGGCACAGAGCGAGAGAGGGGCGAAGGAGAGGGUGUCAGAGGAGGAUGACGAGGAAGAGGAAGGGGAGGAGGGAAGUCAGGAAGCGGUGAGCACAAGGUCCCUGGAGGAUGGUGAUCAGACGACAGCUGAAGAGGGUGAGGGGGGAGGACUGGAAGAAGGGAGUGAAGCUGAGGGAGAGGGAGUAGAGGAGGAGAGUGCAGAGGAGGAAGGAGAAGAGGAGAGUGGUGGAGAGAGUGCCGAUGAGGAACAGGAUGAAGGAGAAGACAGCAAAGUGAGUGAGGAUGAGAAGAGCAAAGAAGAAUCUGAGAGUGAGAUGGAGAGCAGGAAGGAGGGAUCAGAUGAAGAAGAGGGUGAACAGUCUUCAGUGGAUGAAAAUGAUGCAGAGGGGGAAGAGGACAGUGGUGCAGAAGAGGACGGAGAAGAGGAGUCAGGUGAGAGUGGAGAAGAAAAGGAAGAAGCAGAGGAGGAAGAUGAUGACAAAGAAUCUGAGGAGGAGGAGGAGGAGGAUGAUGAGGGAAAAGAAGAGGAAGAAGAUGAGGGGGAGGAAGAGGGAGAAAAGGAAAAUGAGGAUGAAGAUGAGGAAGAAGGGGAUGAAAAAGAAGAGGAGGAAGAAGAAGAAAAUGAGGAUGAAGAGGAGGAAGAUGAUAAAGAAGAGGGGGAAGAAGAGGAGGAGGAGGCUGAGGAGGAAAAAGAGGAAGAUGAAGAAGAGGACGAAGAAGAAGAGGAGGAGGAGGAGGAAGAAGAAGAGGAGAGCACGUCAGCAACAGGGAAAUCCAAAAGCAAAGAGACACAGAAAGCUAAAUCCACUGCAACAACCAACAAAAAAGACGGCAAUGUUACAAAGCUCCCCACCAAGGCACAACAGCGCACAUCAAGGAAGCAGGCACCCAAUUCUUCACAGGACACCAAAGAGUUCUGGGAUGAUGUUCUGCCUCAGUACCUCAAUCUCAAAUGACCAGCCUCUCCAGUACACUGACCACACCCCAAACAUUCCAGUAUCAGUAUUUUAAAGCAAAAAAAAUACUCCUCUGCAAAGGUGUUACAAGGCAUAAUUUGUUUCUUUGACCAGCAUACCUGAAAUGUUCUGGAAUAGAAUAGACUAGAAUGCCAUGCAAAUAGAAUAGAAACAUUGGAAUAAACUGGUCUUGGUUAUGUUUUUUUUCUGCUGUUGUUAUUGCCAAUUAGAAUGACAUUAUCGCAAAUAUAAAAUUUUCUUCAUAACUAGAAAUGACCCAGAUGGCAUCAGUGCAAAACUGUCAUUUCAGCUCUUGAUCUUAUCUUGAUCUUGAUCUCAAAUGUCUAGUUCUCUUGGGUUCUGCCUUUAAGGGGAAUUUCAGCCUGGAAAAGCUUUUCUGAUUCACAAUGCUUUACAUCACAACAGGCAUAGAGCCUCUGUGUCAGCCCUCCCCGAGGUUCAGCAAAUUUAAUAAGAGGAAAACGCGCCGGGUGAUAGACGUGGGCUAUGACGCCCAUUUUAGUUGACGAAAUACUAAACUAUGAGGAGUUUGGUUCCAAAACGCGAUAAGCGCCAUUUAAAAAAAAAAAUUGAGUUACCGCCAAAAUCAAUACUGUAUUUCGUCACUAUUGAUAACCCCACAUUCAAUUUUCCGCAAAACGCCAUAUUCGCCGUGUUACGCCGUCCUGUUUACUCCCUUUUUUCCAAACCGCGACAAACGCCAGUCCCCCUUUUCUGCAGAACGCAACAGAUCCACUCAACCAAUCACAGCGCGCCAUUCCACUUCGUCUAAACAGUAAUGGCGGUGCCCUGUAUGCAGCCGGCAUCCGAGAGACUUCUCGACAUAAGUAGUGAUUAACAAGAAAUACAAGGAUAUCGUCAUGUAUUAGUGUUCUUUCUUACAGUAUAUUUCUACUGUUGCACAAUUGUAUACAGAAAUAUUGUUUUUAUCAAUGCAAUGAUUUGUGUAAUGCACAAGACAACACAAUUAAUGCAAUGUGUUCAAAAUGAAUCUUAAAAAAAACAAAAAAACAUGCAGCGUAUUUAUAGCAUACACUACACAACUAAAUGUAACAUGGCUACGAUGAAUGCAAUUUUGGAAGUUGAAUGUAAGGGGAAUGUGAUUUUGGAAAUGUUAUGGUCUAAUAUAUGUGAUAUUGUUGUUCAUGUUCUUCUUGUUCAUGAUGAAAUUUAGCACUUUUCCGCACAUGAGCAACGUUUUAUUGAUGUAAUUGACUGUAUUUUUGGCCAAACAAUUAGAUAAGUAUUUUCCAAGUUCAGAGGCUGUCAUGUAGAUCAACUUUGUUGUUUGUAAUUGUUUUUUGAAGUUUCAAUCUGAAAAAAAACUUUUGUAUUGAUGCAAUGGAUUUAUAGCAGUUUGGGA